AUGAUCCACAGGGACAAUGUGGGUCCUGUUUGCAGCCUGAAGUUUGUGGCUCUCCUGGUGGCCCUGAGUCCAGAACUGCUAUUCCUGGGAGCCGGAGUGCAACUUCGAGACAAUGGGUAUGAUGGAUUGCUUGUUGCAAUCAAUCCUCAGGUAUCCGAGGACCAGAACCUCAUCGCCAACAUUAAGGAAAUGAUAACUGAAGCUUCUUCUUACCUAUUCAACGCCACCAAGAGAAGAGUGUUUUUUAGAAACAUAAAGAUUUUAAUACCUGCUACGUGGAAAGCUAAUAAUUACAGCAAAAUUAAACAAGAAUCAUAUGAAAAGGCAAAUGUCAUAGUGACUGACUGGUAUGGGGCACGUGGCAAUGAUCCAUCCACCCUGCAAUACAGAGGGUGUGGAAAAGAAGGAAAAUUCAUUCAUCUCACCCCUGACUUUCUACUAAAUGAUGACUUAACAGCUGGCUACGGAUCGCGGGGCAGAGUGUUUGUUCAUGAAUGGGCCCACCUCCGCUGGGGUGUGUUUGACGAAUAUAACAGUGAGAAACCUUUCUACAUAAACGGGCAAAAUCAAGUUAAAGUAACAAGGUGUUCAUCUGACAUCACAGGCAUUUUUGUGUGUGAAAAAGGACCUUGCCCCCAAGAAAACUGUAUUAUUAGCAAGCUUUUCAAAGAAGGAUGCAUGUUUAUAUACAAUAGCACCCAAAAUGCAACUGCAUCAAUAAUGUUCAUGCAAAGUUUAUCUUCUGUGGUUGAGUUCUGCAAUGCAAGUACCCACAACCAAGAAGCUCCAAACCUGCAGAACCAAAUGUGCAGCCUCAGAAGUGCGUGGGAUGUAAUCGCAGACUCUGACGACUUCAAUCACAGUUUGCCUCUGCAGGGGGCUGAGCUUCCACCUCCCCCCGUGUUCUCCCUCAUACAGGCGGGUAACAGAACGGUCUGCUUAGUGCUGGACGUGUCCAGCAAGAUGGCGGAGGCUGAUAGACUCCUUCAACUGCAACAAGCAGCAGAAUUUUACUUGAUGCAGAUUGUUGAAAUUCAUACCUUUGUGGGCAUUGCCAGCUUUAACAGCAAAGGAGAGAUCCGAGCCCAGCUACACCAAGUGAACAAUGAUGAGGACCGAAAGCUGCUGAUUUCAUACCUGCCUGCCACUGCGUCAGCCGAUGCAGAAACCAGCGUCUGCGCAGGGCUGAAGAAGGGCUUUGAGGUGGUUGAAAAGCUGAAUGGAAAAGCCUUUGGCUCUGUGAUGAUAUUAGUGACCAGUGGAGAUGAUGAGCGUACUGCUGACUGCUUGCCCACUGUGCUCAGCAGUGGGUCAACUAUUCACACCAUUGCCCUGGGCUCAUCUGCCGUUAAGAACCUGGAGGAAGUUUCACGUCUUACAGGAGGUUUGAAGUUCUUUGUCCCAGAUAAUCCCAGCUCCAGUAGCAUGAUUGACGCUUUCAGUAGAAUUUCCUCUGGAACCGGAGACAUUUUUCAACAACAUAUACAGCUUGAGAGUACGGGUGAAAAUGUGAAAGCUCAACAUCAGCUGAAAAGCACCGUGACUGUGGACAGCAGCGUGGGCAAUGACACCACCUUCCUAGUCACGUGGCAAACCAGUGGUCCCCCUGAGAUCGUAUUGUAUGAUCCUAGUGGGAGAAAAUACCACACAGAUGAUUUCAUCACCAACCUAGCUUUUCGGACUGCUCGUCUCUGGAUUCCAGGGACUGCUAAGCCGGGGCUCUGGACUUACACGCUGAACAAUACGCACCAUUCUCUUCAAGCCUUGAAAGUGACAGUGACCUCUCGCACCUCAUGCUCAGCUGUGCCUCCUGCCGCUGUCGAAGCCUUUGUGGAAGGAGACAGCACCCGUUUUCCCCAUCCCAUGAUGAUUUAUGCAAUCGUGAGGAAGGGGUUUUACCCCAUACUCAACGCCACUGUAACUGCUACAAUUGAGCCAGAGACCGCAGAUCCUGUUACACUGGAACUUUUUGAUGAUGGAGCAGGUGCUGAUGUUAUAAAAAAUGAUGGAAUUUACUCGAGGUAUUUUUUCUCCUUUGCUGUAAAUGGUAGAUACAGCUUGAAGGUGCAUGUUAGUCACUCUCCCAGCGUAAGUGCCCAAGCGCACUCUGCUGCAGGAAGUCACGCCAUGUACGUACCAGGUUACAUAACAAACGGUAAUAUUCAGAUGAACGCCCCAAGCAAAUCAGUGGGCAGGAGUGAGAAGGAGCAAAAGUGGGGCUUUAGCCGAGUAAGCUCAGGAGGUGCCUUUUCCGUGCUGGGCGUUCCAGCCGGCCCACAGCCUGACGUGUUUCCACCAUGCAAAAUUAUUGACCUGGAAGCUGUAAAAGUGGAAGAAGAGGUGACUUUAUCUUGGACGGCACCUGGAGACGACUUUGAUCAGGGCCAGGCUAACAGCUAUGAAAUAAGAAUAAGUAAAAGUCUACAGAAUAUUCAAGAUGACUUUAACAGUGCCAUUUUAGUGAAUACAUCAAAGCUAAAUCCUCAGCAAGCUGGUACCAAGGAGAUAUUUACAUUCUCACCAGAGCUUUUCACAACUGGACCUGAACAACAACCCAAUGGAGAGACACAAAAAAGCCACAGAAUUUAUGUGGCAAUGCGAGCAAUCGAUAGGAACUCCUUAAAGUCUGCUGUAUCUAACAUUGCCCAGGCAUCUCUGUUGAUUCCCCCAAAUUCUGCUCCUGUACUUGCCAGAGAUGAUCUUAUAUUGAAAGGAGUUUUAACAGCAGUGGGAUUCAUAGGAGUCAUUUGCCUCACUAUAGUUGUAACACAUUGUACUUUAAAUAGGAAAAAGAGAGCAGACAAGAAAAAGAAUGAAACAAAAUUACUAUGA